AUGGUUGACAAUAAAGUCUCGGGCCUCGUUGCUCUCAGCACGGUUGGCUGCUACGGGCUCAACGGGAACCUCAGCGGGGAUGGCGGCCACGGGUGUCCUGCAGGGGUACCUCUUGGCCAGAAACCCAAUAGCAAAAUCGGACAACAGCGUGGAACGCAAAUACUCAAGAGGAUGACACGCAACAAGGACAAAUUUACAGCUGAAUUCGAAUCUCGCAAGGAUUGUAUAUUUAACUUGGCAUCCGCACCGGCAAGUCUGAACACCAAGAAACGGGCGUCGACGGCCGGCAAAUUGCCAUUGCCGUCGCAACCCGAUGCCAUUCCAUCGAUAAAGCCACCCGCCACCAUGGAACAAAUACCACCCUCCCAGGAACAAGGUAAAUCACCUUCACCCAAUGAAAAUCCACCCUCCCAAGAGCUGCCACCGACGCCCCCAACUACCCACUCAGAUGUGCAGGCGGAAGCCGUCAUUCCCAUCAAACGGCAGCGCGUUGAAGGUGCAUGCAGACUCGACCCGCAGAGGUCAGAUCCUCCAUCGGAAGCGGCGACUUCGACUUACACGUUACAGGAAAGCAUGGAUGACAACGACGAUGACGCGGGUUUUACCAUCGUCUCUUACAAGAAAAACCGACCAGCAGGUAUCCCAAUACUCUUUCAUCCGACGUCCAAGGAGACUUCCUUCUGGAAGGUGAACCCGAAUGUCCUGGCACGAGAGGUAUUGGGAAUAGCACAGGAGAAAAUACUCUCACACAGAAUCGCCAAGGAUGGCAGCCUAUCGGUCAGUGUAGCGUCCCUCCCUGCGGCAAAUAAACUGCUUGCGCAAACAUCCCUCGCGGGAAUCGAGGUAAGGGCAACCACUCCAAGGUCCUACUCCGAAAACAUGGGCAAAAUCAAAGGAGUUCCUCUCCAAUACUCCGAUAGUGAUCUAUUGGAGUACUUAAAAGACAGUGGUGUACUAACUGUCCAAAGACAGGUUGCAUACCAAAGACAAGAAGAUGGCUCUUCAGUGGCCCGUCCCAAAGAUAGCGUCAUACUUCGCUUCACGCAGGACCACCCGAUGCCUCCCAGGGUAUACUUGGGGUUCACCAGCCACCCAGUGGAAGAGUACUUCGGUUCUCCCCUUCAAUGCUACCAAUGUCAACGAUUUGGACAUAUUGCCAAGAACUGCCGCGGUGCCCGCCGUUGCAAAAUAUGUGCAGGUCCACAUCACCAUCAAGAGUGCAGCUCACGAGCUGAACCUAAAUGCGCCAACUGCGGCCAAGGCCACGCGGCAACGUUUUCCGGCUGCUCCAGUAAAAAAGCGGCAGCAGUUGUAAGAAAAACCGAAAUUAUAAAUGGCAGAACACCUACUCGACGAUCUCCACCAUCAAAUCCAGAGAUGGUGCGAAUACCUGAAGCUCCAAACGACACAAAAUCGUCGACAUCCAAGCCUACGUAUUCAGACGUGCUACAUCGACAACCAAGUAAGAAAAACACCGCUUCAAAAAAUGAAAAUGGUUCCAUGACGUCAGCGCCGCUUACUCAACCCGAAAAGCGCGAGUCAGGACCUCCAAUGCCUACCGCGUCUGGUGCCCGAAGGGCUCCACGACCCACUGCAUCACAAACGACACACUCAAUGGAGACGCCGUCUGCUACAUACCGUGCAGAUUCCCCGGUCAACGCAGACAGCCAAGCAACUGAUCAACGAUUUCUCAUGCGGCUACUGUUUUUGGCAGUGAAAGCGAUCAUUAGAUCGCUACCAGACGCCGUCAACAUCCCAGAGGUAAAGGCGAUCCUUAAUAUGGAACCCCUUAUUCUGGGGACAAGGGUCCCUGAGAUGUAA